UGUGAAUGACGUAAUGAGCGUAAAACAAGAUGGCGGCGACUUAAGCAUCUAUCGGUUUGAACUAGUUUAUAGCCACAGAGCUCUGCCUCUCUUGAGGCUCUAUAGUGUUCUCUUACGGUUGGACCGGGAAAGAACAACCUUUUCGGUCAGAUAAGGGGGUUGUAGGCGUUCCUGAACGCCACCGAAUAGCCUUCGGGUGCUGUUUGUUUCCCCCUCCCUGCUAACCUCCGGUGACAGCCGGGGAGGCGAGGUGCUAACAGACAGGAUGGAUACCGGAGAGUACAUCUCCACCAUGGAGAACAUGGACCCGACUUUAGCGGAAUUAGGGGACGAAUUCACCUUAGGAGACAUCGACGAGAUGCUGCAGUUUGUCAGCAACCAGGACUUCCCAGACUUGUUUGAAGAUCAGAUGACCACAGCGGGCUCUGUACAGAGUGGCGGCUCCAGCACUGCUCCCCGACCUGCCGUUCAAACCCCUCAAACUCCCCAAACUCCCAAGACACCAGCCCCUGUCGUCUACCAGAGCCCCACCGUUCUCCUCGCCCCCUCCCAGACACUGUCUCCCCAGUCUCUGCCCCUCACCCCUCCCCUCACACCCGCACAGACCCCCUCCCCCACGACUGUCCUGUCAGUGCAGCAGCAGGUGACCCGCAGUCCUCCGCUCCUCCAGCCCCGGCCUCAGGUGGUCCAGCCCAUCCAGCCUCAGCCCCAACAGACAGCCCAGCCCACCAUCCAGAUGCACGCCCAGGGGAUCCCCAUGCAGACCCAGAGCUUCCCGGUCCACACCCUGGUUCAGACCCACAGCCAGUCGGGCCUGCCCAUCCAGACCCAGGCGGCCCAAACUGUGAUGAUUGCCUCCAACGGCGGACAGUCGCGUUUCAUCCAGAGCCCUGUCAUCUGCCACCAGAGCCACACUCCUGGCUUCCAAGUCCUCCAACCGCAGAUGCAGAGCAUUAUGACGUCACCACAGCUCCAACCAAUGACCAUACAGCACCAGCGUGUUCUGACCCCAACCUGUCAGACCAUCCAGACUCUCUCAGCGCCCACCACAGUCCACACUAUGCAACAACAGAUGCAGCAAGUGCCUGUUCUGGUCCAGCAGCCUCAGAUUCUGAAGACAGAUUCACUGGUUCUUACAACGCUCAAACCAGACGGCACGCAAGUCCUGUCUACCAUGCAGAGCCCCGCAGGGAUCACCACCUUGACUACGCCCAUCCAGAACACAGCUCUGCAAGUCCCGACGCUGAUGAGCGGCAACAUCCUGACCACCGUCCCUGUUAUGAUGGGAGGAGGAGACAAGCUGCCAAUUAAGCAGCUACAGCCGGGCUCCUCUCACUGCUCAAACGGAGCCAGAUCAAGCAUGGAGCAAAGCCAGAUGAUGGGAGGAAUGGUAGGCCCGGGGGGAGUGGUGAAGGAGGGCGAGAGGAGGACGACUCACAACAUCAUCGAGAAGAGGUAUCGGUCCUCCAUCAACGACAAGAUCGUGGAGCUCAGAGACCUCGUCAUGGGCAAUGACGCCAAGAUACACAAGUCAGGAGUGCUGAGGAAGGCCAUUGACUACAUCAAGUACCUUCAACAAGUCAACCACAAACUACGGCAGGAAAACAUGGCCCUUAAGAUGGGCAACCAGAAGAACAAGACAGUGAUUCUGUCUGAAGACGUGGAGCUUAAAGAGGAAAUAGUGAUGAUGUCACCUCCAGCCUCGGACUCUGGUUCUGGUUCCCCUCAGCAGUUCUCUCCUUACUGUGUGGACUCAGAGCCAGGCAGCCCCUUGAUGGAUCACGAUCAGAUGAAGAGUGAGCCAGAUUCUCCCUCCUCUGUUGGAGUGAUGGAUGGUUCUCGACUGCUUCUCUGCGCCCUGACCUUCUUCUGCCUGUCCCUAAACCCUCUGCCAUCUUUGUUGGGCUCUGAGGCCUCAGUGAGCCCCGGUCUCGCUGUGGGCCACGGGCCAAGUAGAACGCUCGUCUGGUUCCCAACUCACACGCAGGACUUUGCAUCCUGGCUGCGGUGCCUGUUGCCGUGGGUGAUGGUGUGGGUGCUGAGCGGUGUGGGAGCGGUGUGGGGCUGUGUCAGGGUGCUCUACCUGUGGGAGCCUGUCACACCCCUUCACUCGCCAAAAUCGGUAUCAUUCUGGAGGCAUCGCAAACAAGCUGACCUGCAUCUCAAAAGGGGAGAUUACACGGCAGCAAUGGCCAGUUUAGAAACCUGCCUGUCCAUCUUGACCAGGGCUCUUCCCUCAACCAGUCUGGAACUGGUCUGCUCGCUGUCCUGGAAUCUGAUUCGCUACGUCUUGCAUCGUCCAACUCCUCUGGGUUGGCUGGUUCGUCAGGUUGGGGGAAAGCAUGAGGGGGAGGAGGCUAGGACUAGUGCGAAGGACGCUGCGCUGGUUUACCACCGGCUGAGCCAGCUGCAUCUCACAGAAAAGCUGCCUCAGCGCAGCAGCCUGUGGGCGUUGUCCGUGUCUCUGAGCGCUGUCAACCUCAGCGAGAGCGCCCGAAGCAAGAUGGCCCCUGUCCAGCUCACCCAGAUCUACGUCACCGCAGCAACAGCCCUGCGUAUUCUGCUGGGCCACCACCUCUCCUGUCUGCCUGGUUAUCUGUUGAGUUGUGCAGAGAGUGUGGCCAACCAAUCAGAGACCAAGCCGAUCCCUGACUGCCUGCGCUGGCUCUUCACCCCAUUGGGUAGGCAGUUCUUCCUGAGUUGCGAUUGGUCGUUGAAGUCAGAGAGCAGCGACGGGGUGUACACUUCUCAGAGAGACCCAGCUGACCCCAUUGCCCAGCUGCACCGCUGUUUCUGCAGGAAGCUUUUGGAGAGAGCCGUUCACACCCUCAUCCAGCCGCAGAGCGACUCUGAAGCUGGCAACCGCAAGAGCGCCUCUGGGGAGUUUUCCAGUGCCAUGGAGUUCCUCCAGUUGUUGAACAGCUGUACAGAGGACUCUCCUUCCCCUCCUCCUGCCUUCUCGACUCCUCCCAGUCACACCACCACCCCAGUGGGAGACCCAGUGAGUCGUUGGUGGGCUCUGGUCCUGAAGGCUGCCGUGCAUUGGCUGCAGGGCGAUGAUGUCGCAGUGAGGUCACUGUUGGCAGAGGCAGAGCGGAUGCCGAGGGCUCUGCACACUCUUGACCACCCUCUGCCCAAGGCUGUGCUGCAUCUUUGCAAGGCAGUUCAGAUGAGUCUGUCCCCUCUGAAGGGAGAAGGGGCGGUAGCCUGCCUGUCCCACAGCGACAGAGCCAGCAGCUACCUGCGCUCCAGCAUCUCGGUGCCCGUCGCCCAGACUGGGAACUGGCUGAACAAGGGGGUGGAGCUCCUGAUCUGUGACCUUCUGCUGACGUUGAGGACCAGUUUAUGGCAGCGGGGAGGCAGCAGUAACGGAGAGCCUGGCCCGGCUCCUGGAUCCCAGUUGGCUGGUUUCCAGAGGGACCUCAGCGCGCUCAGAAAGCUCACACAGUGCUACAGACAGGCGCAGCACAAGGUGUUCCUCCAUGAGACCACAGUGAGGCUGAUGGCCGGAGCCAGUCCCACAAGGACACACCAGCUGCUGGAGCACAACCUCCGACGCAGGACACACAACUCUUACACGGCCGAAGGUGAGUGUGUCCUGGGUGAGAGGGAGAGGGCUCAUGCCAUCCUCCUGGCCUGCCGCCACCUGCCCAUGCCCCUGCUAACCCCACCCGGGCAUCGCACUCGCCUGCUGGCCGAGGCCAAGCGCACCCUGGAGCGGGUGGGAGACCGUCGGUCCCUGCAGGACUGUCAGCAGAUCCUGCUGCGCCUCAGCGGGGGCACGACCAUCGCUGCCUCCUGACACACACACACACACACACACACACACACAGAUUAGGGCUACUCAGAAUGAACUCUGUAAUUUGCUACAUACAUACAAAGAUGUAAACCAGUCUACUCACCCACAACCUCAAACCACAAUUUGAUCAAGAGCCAUGAUUAUAAAGACUUUUCUUCAAACUGCUACACUUUUCUCACACACUGACAGCUGAUUUAGUUUACUGUCACCGUUCCCCCACCUGCAGCUGAAACACCAGGCCUCACGCGUGCUUCUUUCGAUGCUUAGUUUCAUCGUUGCAGCACAAUCAUUCCACCUUCUGGUCAUUAAUGGUACCGUGCUAGGCUCGCUGCCUCAUGUUUAACAAUGCUACACAACGAGCAAAAUCAGGUUCAACAGGGCCCAAAGGGAAAAGGGACCAUUCUCUAAUAGCUGUUUUUAAAUGAAUGCAAUGCAGCAGUGCAUUGAUUAGCUGUAGGAUAACGAGCUGUACAAUCAUUAUUGGCACACGGCAAUGUGAGUGCUACGUAACUGCGUCAUGUCUCAUUAAAUUUGCAAGCUUCAAUUUAAAGGGGCAUCAGAGAGUGUAGGAUGCAGACUAGAUAGACUAGCUCGCUUAUAACCAUACAGUGCUGAGUAGUGUCCCUUCUUAUCUACCUCAUACACAGUACAAUGCCAGCACUGUACUGUGGAGCAAAGUAGGAUACUUAAGCACCCCGUCAGUUAUCCCGAAUUUGAAUUAACUGGCCAUUUGAUGCUUCAGUCCAACGCAGCGUCAUUCUAAUAAAACCUUCCUGAGUUGCAUUACUUAGACUUCAGGGUGCAUCCCUAAAGUACUCUAGGGAUUUGACUUGCUGUCGCAGAAACAGCAAGAAUGACAGCAACAGCUGACAAGAUUAUUUGAUUUGAGGAAUAUCUAAUUAACAGAGGGAAGCAGCCAGAAUGGGCCGAUAAGUUUGAAAAUGCCUACCUACACACACACACACACUCACACAGACCCAUCUACAUAAUUAAUUAAUUAAUUAGAUACAAACUCACAAUGUGAUUGUAUAUAGGUUGUACAUAGACAGAUGAAGAGAAGUAGAUUAAACAGGAAGUCCUCACUUCUGCUUGAGAGGGCGGUAACGUGUCAAAGUUGGCUCGUAAUGGUUUCCUGUCAAGAGUCCGGAUCUGGCGUUGUGACGCUCGGACCAGGAGAGCGAGAUCAGUCGCCUCACCCCGGGAGUGCGUGUUACUCCAUCCAAAAGAUCUUUUUAUUAUCAAACGCUCACUGCCGUGGCUUUGCAAGGUGGCUUCCAGGGCUGCAACUAACCAUUAUUUCCAUUGUCGAUUAAUCGAUUAGUUGUUUGGUCUAUAAAAUGUCUCGUUUUCUCCACAGCUCAAAUAUUCGGUUUACUGUCAUAGAGGAGUGAAGAAACUAGAAAAUAUUCACAUUUAAAAAGCUGGAAUCAGAGAAUGUCGACUAUUAUAAAAAAUAGUUGUCCAUUAAUGUAAUAGUUGACGAUUAAUCGAUUUAUCUUUGCAGUGGCUUUAAAAAUUCACUGUCUUUACAGCAGCAAAAAAACGUUUAUAAAAGUUACUGCUGUUCAUCCUCUAAAGCCAACUUUCAGGCAUACAGGCAGCGAGUGUCCGAUACUGGAAACAUAUUGGGCGUCAGUAACGCUUUAAAGUGCUCAUAUUAUGCUUUUUGGCUUUUCCCCUUUUUUUGUGCAUGUAAUAGGUUUACAAAGUGAAAAA